AUGGCUUCUAAUGAUAUCCCGUUUGAUACCGGCGCUUUAAUGUCAACAGUGCUAGAAGGCAUUUUAUACGGCGAGCAUCGCGCAUCGGGCUUGUUCGCCCUAUGCUUUUCAGUGCUCAUGUUUAUGGGCACCAUGUGGUCUUUGACCUACAAACAGCAUGUGCGAGACACCAAUCGCCCAAUCUUCAUAGUGGCUAUCCUGCUAUUGUUAUUGAGUGCCGCACACAUUGUUGUGAACAUCAUUCGUGUGGAGGAUGGACUGGUAAAGUAUCGUGACACAUACCCAGGCGGGCCAAGGGCAUUCUUUGCAGACGUUUCACAGGAAACGUAUGUGAUCAAGCAUGCAUUAUACGUCCUACAAACUCUACUUGCUGAUGGGGUUGUGAUUUAUCGCUGCUAUGUUGUUUGGCAAUCUGUCUGGGUGAUCGUCCUACCAGUCAUGCUGUGGUGUAGCGUCGCAGUCACUGGCGUCACUGCGGUCUACAGUGUUUCGCAAUCCAGCUCCAGUGCUAGUGUAUUCGCCCAAGAUCUUGCGAUGUGGAUCAUGGGUUUUUUUAUCUCAACUAUUGCAGCUAAUGCAUCGAGUUCAGGAUUAAUGGCAUAUCGAAUAUGGAUGAUUGAACGUAAUAUCGCCAGACUUCGCGCUAGUCCAAAGGGCACUAUGAUGCCAAUAAUGCACGUGCUCAUGGAUGCUGCCGUUUUGUACUCGGUGGCACUUUUCACUGCACUGGUCUGUUACGUCUGCUCGAACAACGGUGAUUUUAUUAUGGUGGACCUGGCCGUGCCAAUCAUAUUGAUUGCCUUCUACAUGGUGCUUAUUCGCAUCGCUGUCAAUAGACAGCACAAUUACCUCCCGAAUGUAGGGACGAAUGCCCAGACGCGACAAUCGGGCAAUCUGCAGCAGUAUCCGCUGCAAGUCCAUAUAUCAUGA